GACUUUCCUCUGGAUACUCCCAAGGGGCUCAAAACAGGACAGAGAACAUCCCAUAAUGGUCUACUGAUGGCCGAUCCAUUUUCUGGGAAAGCACCAUGGAAUGAGAACUCACACCCUUCAAGUCUUUGACAUUCUCUUUCUAAUUUUUCUCACCAUUCUCUGUUUUGAACCCUUGUUUCUUUUUCAGGGAAAGGAUAAUUUUGCAGAAAUGGACCUGGAUUCCUGUGAGGCAGAGAGGCCUCCGUUGGACACCAGAGAGAGACCACUGGGUGAUAGAAUGAUACCUGCAAGACCUCAUGAUCCAUCUUUUCAUGAGGGCAGAAGGGAAGCAGCGGCUGUGGAACCAGAUCAGGUCAGGGGAAGCUGCCUUGUGGGGACAGAGGCCGAGGGCUGGAGCAAUGUCAUGGACUGGUUGGGCACAGAGGAAUGGUGGGAGGAUGCAGCUGGGGAACCAGGAAGGGAAGAUGGCUGAGAGCCCAAGAAGUGGAGGUAGAAGAAGGAUGGGGGGGAAGAGGGAGAAGCCUGGGAAGAGGAGGUGUCAGAAGCUGAAGGGUUAACAGGGCUUAGUGAGUUGGGAGACUCUGUGGCAGAAAGCAGUCCAGAAUCAGAGGCAGAAGAGGAAGGAGGUGAGUGGGAGGAGGGAGGUCGAGAGGCAGAGGUGAGUCAGGAUAAGGAGGAGCCACCGGUGGCUCCCUCUCCUUUUGUCAGAAGCCACCCUCCCUGCUUGUCUCUCAGAGCCAGGAGACCCCCUGCAUUGCAGGAAUCUCUGCUAGAUCAUCCAAGACAGAUGGCCACCCAAAACAGGCUUACCAUAUUUUAGUUGUAGAUUGAGCACUGAAUAAUAAAAUGGGUUUCUAAGCAGUGGAGAGGGAGGAGAAAUAGUGGACUGGAUUCACCUAACCAGCCCCAGCCGCUGCAAAAUGGGGCCUGCCCCCCAUUCCUCCCUCUCUCCAUACCCCCAUGAAUCCCCAGAACAGCUCUCAAGGAGGGGAGAAAGUGGAUCCAUCCAUCAGGCAAACUGGAAUGCUUGUGUAAUAAUAGUAAUAAUUAAUAAUAAUUUAUUUAUAUCCCACCAUCUAGGCGGCUUCCAACAGAAGUAUUAAAAAACAAUAAUUUAUUGAGCAUUAAAAGCUUCCCUAAAGAGGACUGCCUUCAGAUGUCCUCUAAAAGUCUGGUAGUUGUUUUUCUCUUUGACAUCUGGUGGGAGGGCGUUCCACAGGGCAGGUGCCACUACUGAAAAGGCCCUCUGCUUGGUUCCCUGUAACUUAUGUAGGCAGAAUGACUUGAAAAACAGAAGGUGGAGUACCCCCUAUUUGCACAAAGACGAACACCCAUAAUUAAAUGCAGAAUAAAAGAAACAUCCAGAAUUAAAAUGCGCAGCAAAGCAAUCCUAUUGAAACACCGCUGCAAUUAACGGGAAGGAAACAACAGAGCAUUGUGUAGCAGAUCAUAUUGAUGCUGUCUCAGAGGAGGACAUUUCCCUUUUGCUUUUAGGGUCCAGUGUGCUUUGAAGAUGUUGCUGUUUGUUUCACAGAGGAGGAGUGGCCGUUGCUGGAUCCUGACCAGAGAGCUCUGCAUAAGGAGGUUAUGGAGGAAAAUCGUGGGAUCGUGGCCUCUCUUGGUAUUCGUCAUAUUGUCAUAUGUGCCUGGAAAUUCAAAAAAUACCUCUACAGUCAUACCUCAUGUUACGUCCGCUUCAUGUUACUUUUUUUCAGGCAACCUGGAAAUACCGGAGAGGGUUGCUUCUGGGUUUCACCGCCCACGCAUGCGUAGAAGCUCCAAAUCGUGCCGCGCACAUGCACAGAUAUGGCACUUCAUGUUGCGGGGUUUUCAUAUUCUGAACGGGACUCCAGAACGGAUCCCUUUCGCACCAGAGAUUGUAAUGAAUUCGAAAUCGAGAACAAAGGUGACCAUGACAAAAUCCGCAGAGAGGAGAAGCCACAUAAAAAUUUGGAGUGUGGAGAAAUCUGCAGUCAGAGCUCCCAUUCCACUUCCCAUCAACAAAAUCUCAUCAGAAAGAAACACUAUCAGUGCAUGGAAUGUGGAAAGAGCUUCAGUCAGAGCUCCCAUCUCACUUCCCAUCAAAGAAUUCAUACAGGGGAGAAACCCUAUCAGUGCGUGCAAUGUGGAAAGAGCUUCAGUCAGAGCUCCCAUCUCACUUCCCAUCAAAAAAUUCAUACAGGAGAGAAACCAUAUCAGUGUGUGGAAUGUGGAAAAAGCUUCAGUCAUAGCUCCAAUCUCACUAAUCAUCAAAUAAUUCAUACAGGGGAGAAACCCUAUCAGUGUGCGGAAUGUGGAAAGAGCUUCAGUCACAGCUACAGUCUCACUUCCCAUCAAAGAAUUCAUACAGGGAAGAAACCCUAUCUGUGUGCGGAAUGUGGAAAGAGCUUCAGUCACAGCUCCAGUCUCACUUCCCAUCAAAGAAUUCAUACAGGGGAGAAACCCUAUCAGUGUGCAGAAUGUGGAAAGAGCUUCAGUCACAGCUACAGUCUCACUUCCCAUCAAAGAAUUCAUACAGGGAAGAAACCCUAUCUGUGUGCGGAAUGUGGAAAGAGCUUCAGUCACAGCUCCAGUCUCACUUCCCAUCAAAGAAUUCAUACAGGGGAGAAACCCUAUCAGUGUGCGGAAUGUGGAAAGAGCUUCAGUCACAGCUCCAGUCUCACUUCCCAUCAAAGAAUUCAUACAGGGGAGAAACCCUAUCUGUGUGCGGAAUGUGGAAAGAGCUUCACUGAUAGAUCCUCUCUCACUUCCCAUCAAAGAAUUCAUACAGGGGAGAAACCAUAUCAGUGUGUGGAAUGUGGAAAGAGCUUCAGUCACAGCUCCAGUCUCACUUCCCAUCAAAGAAUUCAUACAGGGGAGAAACCCUAUCAGUGUGUGGGGCCUUCUCGGUAGUGGCACCCACCCUGUGGAAUGCCCUCCCACCAGAGGUCAAAGAGAACAAUUACCAGACUUUUAGAAGGCAUCUCAAGGCAGCCCUGUUUAGGGACGGUUUUAAUGUUUGAUUUCUGUAUUUUAAUGUUUUGUUGGAAGCCGCCCAGAGUGGCUGGGGGAACCCGGCCAGAUGGGCGGGGUAUAAAUAAUAAAUUAUUAUUAU